AGAAGCAUCACUGUAAAUCGAAAUAGGGAGAAGAAGCAAGAAUGGCGCAGCAAGUGCAGAAGAACACUCUGUACGUCGGAGGCUUAGCGGAGGAGGUGAACGAGUCGAUUCUUCACUCGGCUUUCAUUCCCUUCGGCGACAUCAAAGACGUCAAGACGCCGCUCGAUCUGGCCACCCAGAAGCACCGCUCCUUCGGCUUCGUCACUUUUUUGGAGAGAGAAGACGCCGCCGCCGCCAUGGACAACAUGGACGGCGCCGAGCUCUUCGGCCGCGUCCUCACCGUCAACUACGCCCUCCCCGAGAAGAUCAAGGGCGGUGAGCAGGGUUGGGCCGCUCAGCCCAUUUGGGCAGAUGCAGACACGUGGUUUGAGCGACAGCAACAGGAGGAGGAAAUGCUGCAGAUGCAGAAGGAGAACAAGGCCGCAAUGGAGGCUGCGGAGGAGCUGCACAGGAAAAAGAUGACGCAAGAGCGAGACGGGGAGAAAGAAGAGGAAAGCGGGAUCAAGAAUGACCCCAUGGCAAUGGCUGAAGCAGAGGUUCUGAAACAAGAGGGCUAGUUCCGUUGCUUUCAGGCGAGGCAUCGAAAGAAGAUAGUUGUGUAGUUUUGUCAAAUCCCAGUCAUUCGUUAAGCUCGGUUGUAAAAUCAUUCCGAUGAAACAUGUACUUGAGUGUUAGUUUCACAUAGAUAGACAGGCAUCCUUAUGGAGAACUGUUGAAUCGGUUUUGACUUGGUUUCGAUGAUCACUGUAUGGUCGGACCUUAGCUUCUUUGAUACCAGUUGAAAUGGAUGACUCUUAACUCUGUUUCCAGCUUGUGUUAGAUUACCACUU